AUGGUCAACAGAGGCCGGCCAUCAAAGGAUUGUCUUCCCUGUCGGAAGAGGAAGCUCCGGUGUGACUUGAAGGCUGGGACCUGUGGUCAGUGCCAGAGAGCCGGGCUAGAGUGCCAUGGAUACCGCAACCCUCAGGACCUAGUCUUUCGCGACCAGACCGACGUAGCCAGGCACAAGGUGCUAGCCCGUGUAGGCGUGCCCGUACUGAACCUGGACAUGGAUACACGAUGUCGAGACACCUUCUUUGCCCUGUACGUCACCGGCAUCUCACGUAGCUGCACAUCUCUUGUGCCUCUCUACAUAAACGCCCCAGCCACAGGACACCUAGCAUGCAGCGUCGACGCAGUCAGUCUAGCGUUUGCGGGAGUCCAGUUCGAGAGUCAGGAAGCGAUGAGUUUGGCAAGCAAGAGGUACGUGACAGCCUUACAGAACCUGGGUCAAGCUCUGCGCCACCCGAGGGCCCUGAGAAGCGACCAGACGCUACAGUCGGUGCUGCUGCUGGACCUAUACGAGAAGAUCUGCGGGCAGGACACGCAGCAACCUCGUUCUUGGAUAAGCCAUAUCCAGGGGGCAAUGUCCCUCAUCGAGGCGCGGGGGAAUUUCGAUCUCUCCAGCCCGAUUGCCUGCGAGCUGGCGAGGAAUGUGGUGACGACGUUGACCAUUAGCUGCGGCGCUGUCAAGGCCCCCGUCCCUGAUAGUGUGCUGCUGUUGCGAAGAAGGCUCGAUGGCCAUGUCCUCGAUACGAAGUGGGAAUUUAUGAAUAUUCUGCUAGACAUUGUGAAUCUGAGGGCCGACAUACACAACGGCAGGUGGUUGAAUCACACAGCCGAGGCAGCUGAAAGGGCAAAGGGGCUCGACCGCAGGCUCGUUAGCCUAGAGCAGAAACUACCAGAGGAUUGGAAACCCGUCCCUUGCUUUACCACCAUCAGGCACAAGCCACUCCUCCUAGAUGGCUAUCACGACGCCUACCCAAAUCACUUUGUGACGCAGCUAUGGAAUACUCUCAGGGCAAUGCGUCUAGAAAUGACCAAGAUAAUCAAGGACCACGACCCAAGUUCCGAAGCCGCCGCCUCCAAGACGAUCAAUAGCACCGCGCGGAAAAUAUGCCACGCGGUGCCCCAGUUCAUGCUCCCUGGGUCGAGGCCCGAGAACGCAGGGCCAUUCUCCCCGAUGGAGAAGCUUCAGUGCAGGUCACUGCUGUCGUGUCUGUACCUCGCGGCCCAGCUGUUGGCGGAUGAGCAUCUGCGGGAGUGGACAUGCGCGUGCAUGGAGUACAUAGCUGAGAGGGGGGGAAUGAGGGUGGCGAGGGAUAUUGCGGGUAUAAUACGGGGGAGGAUGGAUGUUGACUACUGGACUGUGUGGGCGAUGACGGGGUGUUAUGCGAUGGCUGCAUAG